AAUAAGUUAUUCAUAUAUCAAUAAAAUGAUAUCGUCGAAUGGCUAAGUAAUUACAUCGAGCAAUGAAAAUAGCGAUGCUCGCGGUUAUUUCUAAUUCUAACAUAGAUUCCUUCAUUGAUGAUUAUCACUGCGCGACAAGGAUGGCGUCAUCCAGAAAUACACGCAUCGCUUUUCGUAUCGCGAGACAAAAAGUGAUGAUUGCGAUAUUGCAAAGCCGAGAUUUUCACUAAAGAAAAGAGAGUUAUAAACGUUGGUAAUAGUCGUCUACGCUCCGAUAACAAAUGUUCGAGGUUUAUUUUGCAAUGGUUAACUCAAUCUGAGUGUAGAGCGUUGUGUGGACAGUCAAUCUCGAAGUGCCUUUGCGCUAAGCGUGUCGGAAGGGGCUGUAAAAAAAGGGAGAAUUUUUGAAGAAAAGAAAUAUCAAGGGAGCCAAGCAAGGGUUCUCCCUGAUUAAAAAGACGACGACGAAAUCGAGAAGCGUCAAGAAACACGAAGGAGAUGUCUAAGAUGUGCCGAGUAUGAAGAAAAAUCGAAGUCCUACAUGAACGACUGAUCGAGGUUGGGUUUACACACAAAAAAAAACUUGUAAUUGUACUAAUUUUGCAUUUACUCAACAAUCAAAAACAUGCCAGAGUGAAGAUUCUUACAGGAAGAAAAGUCUACGAGUACGAAUUCCCGAGAACGGUCAAACAUCUCCGAUCAUAACCAUUUUAGGUUAUGUUUGCCUGGCUUUGAUGUUAUCCUGCACCAAUUUCGGACCACUAUUCACCCUUAUAAUCGGGAUUCUCCAGACAUCGUUGAACUGACUAUUCCAGGCUUUAAAACGUUUGCUUUGAUCACCUUUUUGCCAAAUUGAAGACACCGAACUUUUGUCAAAUUGGGUCUCAAAAAUAACCUUUUAAACUUGUUUGAACCAUUGGCUCCAGCUUUUUCUUAGAAUUCUGGGCUAGAAUUUUAUCUGAAUGGAUGAUGCCUGGAGGCGAUGAACGGAAUGGAGAGGCAUGGACACGGGCACGGACAUUCGCAUCACCAUCACGGCCAUGGAACCUCGCAAAGUUCGUCACAAAACUCCAAUCAAUCGUCAAAGCAUGGUCAUACGCAUGGCGCACAUCCUCAAAAGGAGGCAGCCACUGGUCAAGCUGCUCAGAAACUGAGGAACUACAAACUGCUCGUCGAUCCCUUCCUUGUAAAAGGUGCCUCCAAGUUAUACCGUUACGAUGGAAUUGUUCCUGGAGAUCCGACGUAUCCUCCAGUUCAACUUCGAGAUCCAAGAUCGCAGUUGACGAGAAUAUGGACGAGAUUAGAACAGCUGGACUUACCUGUACCACGAUUCAAAAUAGAUUCUAAUUAUUGCGGGGAGCCGCCGCCGCUGGAGGUUACAUUUUGCCAUCUUAAUGACAAUAUUGAUAGAGGUUUUCUAACGGAUAUGGUACACAAAUUUGGUUUGAUCGAAGAGUUGACUAUUUAUUACCAUCCGUUGACUAACAAACAUCUAGGAAUUGCUAGGGUUAUAUUUGAGACAACAAAGGCUUCUAAAGCUUGUGUAGAGAAGUUAAAUAACACUUCUGUAAUGGGAAAGGUAUUGAGGGUAUUCUUGGACCCGUUUGGUGACGAGUGUAAAAAGAUAUAUGAGGAUUUGACGACUGAAAAGAAGCCAGAGAAGAAAGUUGAAAAAGAAGUGAAGCUGGAGGUUGAAUCUGAAAAACAAACACCAAUUGAAAAGGCACCACCUGAAGACAGGGAGGAGUACAGACCUGUUAAAAAGAGCACUCAAAGCAUCGAAAAGACAAGGGAUCCUUAUAUUGAAAAUUCAAGAUUCAGUAAAUUUAGAGAUUAUCCAACCCCUGGUGGUAGCACUGGUAGUGAUUUGGGCUAUGGCACAGCGCCGAGUGAACUCAAUUAUUCCAGUACCUAUUCACAGAAUUCUACACCAGCGGCGAGCUAUGAUUACCCUCAAUAUUAUUCCAGUUAUCAUCACCAAGCAUCCAACAGUUACGUCGCAAGCAUGCCACCAAGUGUUACGCAAUCUAUAUCAAUGCAACAAAAUUCUAACUUGUGGUGGGGAGCUACUGGACCCAGUGCUGGUCCCGCAGGAUACUCAGCUACACCCGUGUGGCCAGCAGUCCAGCAUAAUGUGGGUAUCGAUACUCCAAGUCUAAUUCCAGAUGCAAAAACUUCUACUUUGUUAAAAAGUACGCAAACGCAUCACAUGCCUAAGAAAGAGAAAGAGAGUCUACCAGUUACGACAAAAAAUUCUUCAAGAAAUUCUCCAGUGGACAAUUCUGGAAAAACUUUAGAUUUAGAUACCAGAAUCGCCAUGCUUUUAAAGGACAAAGCCGGAGGUAUGGCUCCACCAUUCUUACAGUUUGGAAGCGAUUCUGAAGAUGAUAAAAGAUCUCUUCAACCAGAUGAAGAAAUGCUCUCCGAACCACCAAGCCCGUUCCUUUCAUCCGACAUGUAUAAGUCCUGUUUUGAAAAGAUCUUAGAACGUAAUAAAGAAAGACGAAAAACACAUGAAAACAAUAUUAAUCAGUUCUCCGUUGACGAAGAAUUAGGAAGUGUGAUUAGCUCUAGCGAAGACGAAGCUUUGUUAGGUAGUUAUAGUCCUGCCCCUGAUGAUAUGGAACCAGAACCACCCAAGGAACCUCCUCCUCCACCACCUCCGGAUGACGAUAGGAUGUCCUUGAGCAGUUUAAGCUCUGGAGAUGAGAAGAUUGAAGAGGUUGUAGCUCAAACUGAACCACAGAAUCAGUUGUACUCGGGAGCUAGUUAUCCCGGACAUCUAGCGCAGUAUCCAGCAUCGGCAGAUGUGUAUCAUUGGCCAAAACCAGCACAGUACCCUUAUCCAUAUGGAACACCCUAUUUACCAAAUCAUCAUUACCAGCCAUCAACAAAUUCCGUUACUGGGGGUGUCGGUGCACCUCAAGGAACUGCCUACUAUCCCACAUUGCAAUCCAGACUGCAGGCAUUAGCCAACCACAAUAUUACCAAGGAUAAUCCACAGGGCCCUACGAUCAAUGGAGUACUGAACAGAGUUGUUACUGAGCUAAAACAAAUCUUGAAGAGAGAUUUUAAUAAGAAGAUGAUUGAAAAUACAGCGUUCAAGUUGUUCGAGGUUUGGUGGGAUGAGAAGAAAACUCAGAAGACGCAAAGUACUGAUGAAAUCAUGAGUAAUAAUGCUGUCAAGGAAGAACCAUCCAAGCCACAGGGACUUUCGUCUAUUUUAGAACAAGGAACUCCACUGGGACUUAAUUAUGAUGGGUUUGGAUUGGGUAUUAGAGCUAGUAUGCCUAAGAUGCCAUCCUUCAGGCGGAAGAUCAAGGCACCAAGUCCUUUACCACAAGAUGAAGACAGUCGACAAUCUGACCAUGUGGAUCCUGAAAUUAUUGACAGUGACAGUGAUUUGGACCUACAGUCGGCGCAGAAAGCAAAAAGACGUCCUCCCUCUAUCGGCACUGCCUCUUCAUCUUCGUCGUCACACAGUAGCACCUCGAGCGCACAAUCCAGCAGCAGUGAAUCCAGUAGUAGUUCCAGCGAAAGCUCGGAUGAGGAAGAAACUUCUAGUGCUUCCCAGGAGGAUAGCGAUGCCCGAAUGUCCGAUAAUCGUCCGCUAGCAUGCAACAGUGAAGAUCCUGAUAUUUUAAUGGAAUUAGCAAUUCAGAGAUCCUUGGAUUGUCCGACACCAACCAGAAGUGAGACACCUGUACCUAGUCUACGGCUACAAGACCAAGAUUUGGAUCAAUUCCCCCAGCACGAUAACGAAAUAAGCCCAAUUUCUUCACCGAUCAUGGAUAGAGAAACCAAAGACGAAAGUAGAUUAAGGACAGAUGAAAUAGAAGUGGAGCGAAGAGUGGAUCAACCCGCAACAUCUGAUGUUCAUGUUGACAAAUCGAGACCCGAAUUGCCGGUACAACCCCAGAAGACAGUUAAACCAGAAAUUGUUACUACGUCGCCAAUUAAAGAGGAAAAUCGAGACAUUCAGAAGAUGGAAAGUUCUGCUGCUGAGGCACUUAUGGCUUUGGCUGGACAAGACAAUAUCAUAAGACACAAGAGUCCAGGUCCUUUACAACCAAAUAUUAUCCGAACUCUACAAACAUUGCCGGAUAAAUACAUAAACAAUGAACCGAUAUUGAAAGAUUCUGAGAAAAUUGAUAUGUUCAGUGAAAUACCUACGACAGAUUCGGAAGAGGAAAGCCUGGAAAUAAGGAGGAUACGAUUCCAAGCAGAGACAGAUUUGCGUCUGAAUGGUCAGCACAGUCCAAGUUCUCCUGGCUCUCAGGCAUCUCAAGUUUACAUGGAGCACUCGUAUUCACUUCCGCCAGCACCACCACAACCUUCCAUAUCCGAUUCCCGAGUUUCCAGUCUACCUGUACCUGUUAAACCGAAACUUACGAAGCCACCAAAAUUGGAGAAACUGAAAGAGAAGUCUGAUAAGACUGCUAAGAAGAAAUAUCCCAAAUAUUCCAAACUCCAUACACACCAAAACCAUGAAAAAGAGAAAGAAAACAUCGAAAAUGAGUUCGCGUAUGAACCGUUACCACGAAAGUUCGAGGAACCACUUAAAACGUACAAGGAACGGGAUCUAAUGAGUGAAAUGGGAGUGCUUUAUGAAUUUCUAACAAAAGGAAUAGAUGCAGAAGAUGUUGAAUAUUUGAGGAGAAGCUACGAAGCUUUGCUGGCAGAUGACAACCAAGGAUACUGGCUGAAUGACACCCAUUGGGUUGACCAUCCUGCAACGGAUAUUCCAAGUCCUGCUAAAAGGAAAAAACGAGACGAGUUACGAUUACAUUCUACAGGAAGCGCUCGGACAGAAGGCUACUACAAAGUUGAUAUACGCGAAAAAGCCAAACACAAACAUCACUAUGCUCAAAGCAUACAGCGCAGUAAUGACAUAGAGGAUAGUACUGGACCAUAUUUGGGUGGUGACGGCACAAUGAAUGGCCCAAAAACAAAGGCUAAGGCAUUAACUGGAAAAAUGCAGGCCUUAUCACGGGAGGCGAGAAGUAAUCAGCGGCGGUUAUUAACAGCUUUUGGCAUUGACACUGACAGUGAUUUACUGAAGUUCAAUCAGCUCAAGUUCCGAAAGAAGCAACUGAAAUUCGCCAAAUCCGGUAUUCACGAUUGGGGUCUUUUCGCAAUGGAACCAAUCGCUGCUGAUGAAAUGGUGAUAGAAUAUGUUGGACAGAUGGUGAGACCAGUGGUCGCAGAUCUACGUGAAACUCAGUACGAGGCUACAGGCAUUGGUAGCUCUUAUCUGUUUCGUAUUGAUCUUGACACUAUUAUCGAUGCGACGAAAUGUGGUAACUUGGCAAGAUUCAUUAAUCACAGCUGCAACCCGAAUUGUUAUGCUAAAGUAAUAACAAUUGAAAGCCAGAAGAAGAUUGUGAUCUACAGCAAGCAACCAAUUGGUGUGAACGAAGAAAUUACUUAUGAUUAUAAGUUUCCGUUGGAGGAUGAUAAAAUUCCGUGUCUGUGUGGCGCACCCCAAUGUCGGGGUACGCUCAAUUAAUUUCUUGUCACCUUACUGUUCAUCCCCCUUCAAUCAACCACACCCUUCUCAUAUUUUUGUAAAUAAAGUCCCAUGUAAACAUUUUAUAAAAAGCCAAUGGAAAAUGGUAUGUUUUAUUCGAAAUUUA